AUGGGUGAUGAAGACUUCGAGAUCCCGGCUAUUCCUGCUCCUGACAUGGACGGUUCUGUCAGAUCUGGUAGGAGAACUAGUAAUGCAAAGAGUAGUCGGGCAUCUUCGUCUGCGGCAGGUGAGCCCAGACUCAAGCUCUGUGCCUUUUGGACAUGUGACGAAGACUGCAAAGUAGGCAGGCGUCAUUGCACGCAUCACAACAGACACCUCGACAAUGCUAGGAACCAGGUUUCCAAGCAGAAAGGCGAGGAGGCCGCAAAGACGUGGGUGGAGAAGUGCAAGGACAUCGAGUUUGCGAAUAAGCAGGUUGCGUACAUGGCCAAGAAGAGCAUCGCCCUUCCGAUGUUCGCCCACCAGCCACUGAUUGAUUUCGUCGAGUGGGAGCAGGAGUUCGGGGUGCUGGUGCAAAAGAAGGAGGCUGUGGAGACUGAGCCGUACGAGGAAGAGCAAUGGAUCAUCGAGCAGGUGAGCAAGUUCGGCAGGAACAGGCAAGACAUGGUGAAUGAGUGGAAGCAGAAAAUCGCCGGUCCUUGGAGGCGGGACAACAACGGGUGGAAGGGCGCUUUGCGCCUUUGGUUGCCAGCCAGAGAGUACGAAGAAGCUUCAACUUCGAAGUUUGCCAAAGGUGCCAGUCAUGAGAAAUCCAAGGGCAAGAGAGCCCCCAAAGCGGGGGACUUGGCUGCAUUUCGUGAUCAUGCAGGGGAAGCUGGCCUGGAUCUUACUCACGAGUUCUUCGGUGGAGGCAAUCGUGAACCGUCCGGGGUUGAUGAUGAGCUUGAGGUUGAGGUCGCCCCACCCGAGACCAACUCAAACCUGCCGCAGUCUUCACCGACCAAGGCCGACCAGUCCGAGUUGAAGCGAAAGGCAACAGCUUUGACUUUGGAUGCCAGCGAGGAUGAGCAAGAAGUGGAUCCCAAGAAUGCGGCCAAGCAGAAGAAGAAGAAGCCCGGCAACCUUGCGAGCCAGCGUGCAUCUUUGUUCGACUCCUUGUCGAAGCAGCUCGGAAGCAAAGUCGCUUCGAUGGUGGCCAAGAUCGAAGAUGCUGUGCAAGCCCAAACAAAGGAGGCAGCGGCACCAACUCCAAGCACAUCGACGGACAUUACCACUCGAAAGCUGUACAACCAGACUUUGGCACAGUGCUUGUUGUUGGGCAGGGCAUGGAACGAUGCCAAGACCAUCAAGGGCGAGGUGGAGAAGCACAACAAAUCCAUGGAGGACGAGAAUAAGACCGAUGCCGUGAUCGACUUUGCGGUCGCGGACACGCUUCAGAAGCAAGGGCCCACACUUGCCUGGGCUUUGAGCCAAGCAGGGCAGUCCGUGAACAUCGAGCGGGUUGCAUUCCUUCGCACAAAGGAUUUCAUGCAGACGUUCGUGAAUGCCGUCCCGGAGUGUGAUCUGGAAGAGGCUCGUCUUGAUCGCAUUCGUGUGCAAUGGAGGCGGAUGAUCACUGCUGCCACCCAGCUUGAGGCUUCGCUCAAGAAGUGCACCACAGACGUCAACAAGCACGUGCUAGGUUUGGCAGCAGCUACUGAGAGGAACGAGAAGAAGCGAAAAGAAAAGGAAGCAAGAGAUGCUGAGACGAAGCAUCUUGAGCAAUCCAAGGCGAGGCUAAAGCAAGCCACGGCGGAUGGAGCAGCGCUUCCGGGUGUCUUCAAGUUGUCCGAGGGCGAUGUCGAGGCCAUCAAAGCAUUGGACGUGAACAGCAUCCCGGCUGACCACGACCUGGGCGUGCCUUGCAUCCUCAACAAGUCCUCAUGUGUCACCGCAUGGGCGGGGAACCCUGUUGUGUUGCAGACCAUGACCAAUUUCGGCGCCCGCUAUAAAAAAACCCACGGCUUUGAGCACUUGAACAAGAUCACAUCACCGUUCGUCGCAAAAGCCGGGAAAGAGCCGACCGAGAAGAUGUUCAUGGAGAUCAUGCAGAAUGUGAAGGAGAAGAUCGUGAAUGUGGAGCCGGUGGCCCCCCAAUGGAUGAGCACCUCUUGGAUGAUGGGGCUCGGUCCGAAGACUUCCUUUAUCGGCUUGUGCCCGAACUCUGCAGCCUUCCUCAGAGUCCUAUCGUAUGGCGAUAUGGAGGUCGUUUGCAUGAGCAUGGACGACUUCGUGAAAGGCUUGACGACAGCGGGGACCCCACCACCAAAGUCCACCUCACAGCUGGAGGAGUUGAUCUUUCACUUGGACGAUGCCACGUGGAAGACAAUGGGGACCAAGCCCUACUAUCACAAGCUGCAGAAGGAUCAGGUGCUGUUUGUGCCCAUGGGUUACCUGCUGAUGGAGCGGAGCGGUGCCUCCACCAUGCUUUACGGAGCCCGGAAAUCCUUCAUCAUGCACGAAAAAAAUGCAGUCGGGAACUACACGACCUGCAAAGAUCUGCAGGCAAAGGAUGGCAAGAGUGUGGAGAAGAUGCAGCAAGUGGUGGCGGUGGUCGGUGUGGGGGUGAUCCGUGGAGGUGGACUGCGGUGCUACAGGUGUAAGGCUGAGGGCUUGUAG